AAACGUUGAUAUACACGGUUACUCCGCCAUUAAGGAGGUUGAUAAAACGUUGAAAGAGAAAGGCUACUCCGCCUAGAAGGAGGAUCGACGUGCCUUUGGGUACACUUAUGAGUGAUUGAGUGAAAGCGGUGUGUAAAAGUGUCACCAGUGGAAUCAGCGCACGGAGUGGAAACCUAACGGUGAUAACACAAACUCUGUGGUCUGUUGAAGUACACGUAGUGGUGAAUUAGGAAUUAGGUUCUGACCGGCACGUUGUCCAGUAGGAACACCAAGCUAGAAUCAUGGGGUCCAAUGGGAGUAAGCCUGCCGCUACAAGGGACAUGAGAUAUAUGGAAAUAUAUAGUCAUGGCAGCACCAUUUAUUGUAGCAAAUGGUAUAAACUGUACGGCUUCCAAGGAAAGCUGGAGAAAACAGCAGUAAGAGAAUUAAGCGACAAAUUGAGAGCAGCAACAGCUGGAACAACACAAGGCAAGAAAAGAAAGAAGUUAGAAGCUCAACUGCGGGUUGCAGCUUUAUGGGCUGAACAAGCCCAUAAAAGGACAGGUGGAGCAGAAGAAGGUAUGAUAGCAGCGGCUGUUUCAGUGAAAGCAGACGAGGAGACAGGGCGUUCAGGGUCAGUUGACGCUGUACGCCGCGAGAAAGAGAGAGCGAUAGUGGAAGAACACAAAGCGCAGGAACAAAGAAUAAAAAGGAAGCAAGAGAAAGAGAGAAAAGACAGGGUAAAGGGAGAUUUCACCGGGUCCUGGCCCAAUGGAAACCCCCUGGAACCAGGUCAGCAGGACCUCAUCAAUGCACUCGCUCCCGUAAAUAUCUCAAUCGAGAGGGUUUUUGCACUGAGACGAGACUUUACUAAAGUCUCAGGGUGUAGACAGGGAGAAAAAGAGUCAGUACAAGAUUUCAGAAUCAGAAUGGAAGAUUGUUUCCGUAUCCAUAGCGGAAUUCCACCCAACAAUGCUGUUGACUCCCCAUAUGUGCAGCAGCUGAAACAAAGCCUGAUGAAUGGGUUCCACCCAGGUAUUGCUGACUUUAUCCGCAAGCAUAAUGUUAACCAUAGGACAUGCGACUUACAAGAGUGCCUAAAUUAUGCAGAACAUGCAGCAACCCAGAUCAAAGAAAAAAGACAUAAGAAAGCGUCAGCAUCAGCUUUCUUCAUAGGAGAAGAUGGGGAAGAAAAUCAGAUUUUCUUUGUGGGACCAGGACAGGGGAGAGGCGGGUUUAACAGAGGACGAGGGAAUUGUAGAGGAACAGGCAGAGGCAGAGGAGGAGGCAGAAACGCAGAAGGCAAAUUCCUCUGCUUCAGGUGCGGAAAGGAGGGGCACAUGGCGAGAGACUGUGAGGAACAGAGACCACAGAACAAAGAAGGGGGACAAAAGGGACAGUACAAAGACGAAAGACAUGGCCCCCCCCCCUUCACAUAACCUACAUAGUUAUGACAACUGACUAGACGUAGAAAAGGAAGAAGAGGACGUCCACACACAUCACAUUGACCUUUCUGAAGUAUUACUGAAUCUGUCAGACAACAGUAUUAAACCGACCAGGACAAUCGAAAUCAAUGGGGAAAAAUUAGAAUUCUUAUGUGACAGCGGUGCAGACUCAUCAGUAGUGAACAAAGAGGUCCAAAGAAUGUGGCCACCAACUGGCACUAUGUUUGUAAAAUCAGCAAAUGGACACAUAAAUCAGAGGUCGAUUUCAAAGCCACUUUUUAUGGAAGAUAGAAGGUCAGGCCUCCAGGCAUCCCUCAAAUUUGUGUUCAUCUCAAACUGCCCUGUCAAUUUGCUAGGGAGAGACGGCAUGGAAAUGUUAAAAAUCAGUGUAGUACCAGUCAAAGGGGGAAUGCGAGCAGUAGGGCCCGGAGAAAAGGUGGAAGACCAGGUCUUCCUUCAAAAAUCCAUAAACACCCCCAACUACUACUGGUCACUAGACAUGCCACAACCUGACGUGACAAACACAGGUGAACACCUGUUAACACUAUUCACCCCACAACAUGGCCAAGAAGUAAUGAAACCUGACGCAUUGCACGUUACACUAAAGUACAAGAACACCCCUGGCCCAGACAAAGACUAUGAUGUGCUCGUGCAUCGACUGACACCACAGAGGGCAGUGUUCCACUCUAUGUAUGCAAACCAACACGGGGAUGUUGCAAUUGACGCUAGGGUCCCAUCAACCACUGCCUUGAUAAUGGAACCAGGUUCCACGCCACACAUAUCAGUAGCUAGGGGCCCAGGGACUUCAUGGAGAGACUUAGGUUUAUUAGUGGCUAGAGGUAACAGGAUAACAAAAUGGACAGAU